AUGGUCCUCUGGGGCGCCCCCAGUUGCCCCGGCUGGAAGGGAGGCGGAAGGGACGCGAUCCCCGCCGCAGAACCACUGGAGGGGCAAGGGGAAACCCCGCACUCCCGCGGAAGUCUCCGGAGACGCAAGGUCCAGGCCAGGUGCGUCCGAGUCCGGGCCGCGCUGCAGCGGGCGUCCUCGCCGCCGGGCGGGUCAGGGCGCAGUUAUUCUAGGGCCCGGCCGCCGGCGCACAGCCCUCCCGGGGCGGCUCACCAGCGUCGGGGGAUGCCCGGCAUCGCCCCCGCGCACUCCCGCGCCUCGCUCGUGCGGUCGCCGUGGAGUGUACCCCCGCCGGAGGGCCCCCGCCGUGGCGACGAGGCGUCCCAAGAAGGGAACGGGAGGGACGCGGGCCGGGGCGCGGAGCGGCGGCGGCGGCGGCGCCGGGAGUUCGCAGGCUCCCGCCUCUCGGAGCCGCGCUGCCCGCAGCGGCCAACGUGGGCUUUUCUGGUGCGCGUCUCGCCCAGGUACCGCACUCCAGCCCCCGGGACGCCCCGCCCCCCCGGGCGACGGACAGGCCGGCCGCCAAUGGGGAGGCGCGCCUCGAUGGUAUUUAAAUGGAUCCGCCCCCUUCUUGCACCCUCCCUCUCCCGGGAGGCGGUGCCUCCGCCGCGCGUAGGUUUCAAGUACAGAGAAUUCUUGCAGGCACCCCGGGAGCAGCGACUCAGAAAGGCAACCAGAUCAUCGGUAGGGAGAACGAUCUGA